AUGGUGACUUCUACUCCAACGAAAAAACGAACCAAACGACAAUUGACAUGGGAUACUCUAUCGGUUGAUACUAUCGUCGCUACUGAUGCUACUGCCAACAAGUCGUUUGAGUCGACUAUUCAACGUCAAAUGCAAACGUUGGAGGGUCUUGAAACGUUUCAAAGUCACUUUGGACCGUUGGCGCAACAAUAUAUGAAAGCUAUUCUGAGUGAUGGUUUACGAUUCAAAGCAACACAAGGAGUGUACGAACUGAUUUUCAUGAAAUGUCCUAGGAAUGAGUUAUAUACUGAAAAAGAUAAACAACGAUACAAAACAAUAUUGGAAAUGACAAGUGCUCAUAGAAAACAUCGUAACCAGCUCGGCGCAAUACUGGGGCCAGCACGACUUAAAGUAGGUGAUCUAGUACGCGUGAGNAAAUUUAAAACAGUAUUCGAUAAAGGAUAUACACUAAAUUGGACGAUCAAAGUAUUUAAAAUCAAUAAAAUACAAACGACCUAUCCUGUGACGUAUCUGCUUGAGGAUUCACGUGGACAAUCUGUUGCUGGAGGAUUCUACAAAUANGAACUGCAUUGCGUUGCAAAUUCAGAAGUUUAUCUCGUUGAAAAAGUAUUGCGCAAAAAAGGUUUAUGUGAAGUAGCUAAG